GGCAGAGAGAGAGAGAGAGAGAGAGAGAGAGAGAGAGAGAGAGAGAGAGAGAGAAAAAGAAUAGAUCCUCAUUGAUAUAUUUUGUUUGAAAUCUUUUUUUUUUAUAUGGGAAAGAGUUCGCUUAUGGUGACGAAAUCUACGAAGUGUUGAGAGAAUAAUGGAUUCGUGGUGUAAAGGGAUGAUAAAGCGUGCCACUUUUAUGAAAAGAUAGAAAAAGAAAAAACAGAUCUUUUUAAAGGCAACAAAAAAUUUGAUAGAUAAAUAGAAAGAUAUAUAUUAUAUAGAGUUAAUUUAAUAUAGUCUCUUUUUUUCUAUUACUAUUAUUCUUUCAUACUGUCAAUUCUUGGAUCUCUUCGAAUAUCUUUGGAAUUCUUAAGGAAAAACCCGUCGUUAUCGUAGUGAAUUAAAUGUCGACGAAAACAGGAAGACCGUCAUCUCCUCGACGGUUCUUCGCUCGUAUCUAUGGUCAUUUGGAAUCGACGAAGAAAGUGAAUGAGGAAGUAGAGGAAUCGAAAUCAAGGACAAAUUUGGAAUCUUCAACAAGAGUGAACGUCUGCGAAAAAACCGCGAAUUCUGAUUCGGAAACUUUGCGUUCCUCUCCUCAUGAUGAUAUUACACAAGUAAAUCCUGAGAGAUUGAGAAUACCUGAAGAGGAUGCAAAAAUAUCCGAAAAGGAUUCUCGGCUACCGACCUUAGGAAUACCCUUUUUAUCUCACACAUUUUUUCCCGGUACCCCUAAUCACACACUGCACCUGACGCAACUUGCACAUCCUUCCGUACUUCCGCCGCAUCUUCAUGGUUUAACAAAUCAUCCGGCAACGGAUCAUCAUUUGCAAGGAUUCUCUGCCUUCCUCGCACGUCGUAGAAGAAAGGAAGGCCGACCAAGAAGGCAAAGGACAACAUUCAGCGGAGAACAAACGUUGCGCUUGGAAAUUGAAUAUCGAAGGGGCGAAUACAUAUCGAGAGGUCGAAGGUUCGAACUGGCUGCGUCUUUGAGAUUGACGGAAACACAGAUUAAGAUAUGGUUUCAAAAUCGUCGAGCCAAAGACAAGAGAAUCGAGAAAGCUCAAUUGGAUCAGCAAUAUCGAAACUUCGCCGUUUCCAGCGGCUUCGUAAAUUUGCCCAUUUAUGGAAGCGGUAAUUUCUGUAGACUGUGUCUUUAUAAAGACGCUUUUGGAUCGUCCGCUACACACUCGUGUGUAUCCACACACGUUACUGCCAUAAGUUCUUCGAUAGACCAACCCCAAUGCAGCAGCAGUAGUGGAAGCGAAAUGUCUGAUAAUCCGUCUACCGUCACAUCACCGAUUUAAAUAGAAGAUCGAUCUUCGUUUAGUAUAGAAAGGUCUAAUAUACAAUAUUGCUAUAAUCGAGGACAAUUUAUGCACGAGAUAGUAAAUCUCACACUGAUAAAACGUUUAUUCAGAUUUCUCUAUUAUAUUCUCAUCGAUAUUCCAUUUAACAAUGGUUAAUAAUCGAUCGCGUGUAUAACUAUAUCAAUUGUAUUAUCGUGUAUGAAAUAUUUGUAAUAUGUAUAAUGUCCGAGGAACGUAUAUUAAUCGAUAAAUUCAAUCAUUCUUCGAACCAAAGAAUACGACCCUCGAAAGAAAAUACUUCGUUGUUAAGUUAAUUAUAGAAAAUUCUUUUUUUCUUUACUUUUUUUUUU